AUCUUCUCCCACUCCAACCCACUUAAAUUUUCUCCUGUCGAAAAUAAUUUAUUACACCAUUCAAGUUAAUUAUAAAGUGAAAAAGGGCUUCUUAUUGCGGUAUUAUAUAUUCUAGAUUUCCAAUGGCUUCAAGAAGAGAUUAUUAUGGAUUGGUAAUGAUUGGCAUGAUGAUGGCCAUCUUUAUGGCUUCUUUUGUCUCGGCUGAUCCUGAUCUACUUCAAGAUGUUUGUGUUGCAGAUAUUGCUUCAGGUGUAAAAAUGAACGGAUUCGCUUGUAAAAGCAACAUAUCAGCAGAGGAUUUUUUCUUCCCGGGUUUAGCAAAACCCGCGGGCACCAACAAUACAUUCGGCGCAACAGUGACCCCAGCCUCAGUAAACCAAAUCAACGGGCUAAACACAUUGGGUGUGUCUAUGGCUCGGGUUGAUUAUGCACCUGGUGGCAUUAACCCGCCACACACUCACCCAAGAGCCACUGAAAUUGUGUUUGUACUUGAAGGAGAAUUGGAUGUCGGAUUCAUCACCACAGAAAACAAACUCUUCUCCAAGACUAUCAAGAAAGGUGAAAUAUUCACAUUUCCAAGAGGCCUAAUUCAUUUCCAGCUAAAUAAUGGGAAAGUUCCUGCAGCCGCUCUUGCAGCCUUCAAUAGCCAGUUGCCGGGUACACAAAGAGUGGCAAACGCUUUGUUUGCGUCGUCUCCCACGGUGGAAGAUGUUGUGUUAACUAAAGCAUUCCAAGUUGGAACCAAAGAAGUGGAGAAAAUCAAGUCUAGACUUGCUCCUAAGUAAAAACAGAAAGGUCCAUUUAUAUUUGUGGUGUUUAAAAAAACGUUUAUUAUUUGUAUUGUUGUUUCACAAUAAUCCUUUUGAGGUACAAACAUUCGUUAAUUAGCGUCCACACAUGACACAUUCGUUACAUGGUUUUCAUCUGUGACUAUGAUAUACGGAAAAUGAUAUGGAUAUCAUAUAUAAUUUUUGAUUCA